UCUUCCCACCCAGAUUUAUCUCCUUCCCUCUCCCUGCCCCCACCCUGCGCCCCUCAUCCCCCGAGACAGAGACUGGAGCAGAGAGAUUGAGACCCAGAACGGGGACACACACAGGCGCAGCGGCAGGCAGAGGUCCCAGAGAGAGAAUGAUUUAGGGCAAUGAAUCUUGGAAACUAGGGAAGAAAAGAAAGAAAGGGAGAGGGGAGGAGAGAGACACACUGAGAAACACGCAGAGAGAGACAGAGACAGGGAGAGAUAGAGAAAGCCUGCUCCUACCUGCGGCCGCAAAGCUUGGCAGCCAACUCCUCCCCAAAGAGAGUGCGCUCCCUCCCUCUUUCCCUCCCUCUCUUGCUCGCUCGAUCGCUCUCCCCCUUGGGCAGCAGGCAGGCGGGCGGGCGGGCGGGCGGGCCGGCAGACAAGUAAAGGCACAUGGUAAAGAGACUGGGGCCGGGACUCCAGGGCGCUGAUGAGCCGCAGCCGCGGCCCUGAGCUGCGCACUGCCAUCCGUGCGGGUCUCCGUCUGGGUCCCUAUCCCUGCCCCUUUCCCAUCCAGGUCCCCAACCCUGUCCCUCUCCCCACCCCCAACCCUAGGCGCUUCCUCGGGGGCCCGGGGCUGGCUUUCACUCUCCUCCCCCUUCUACCCCUCCCCACGGACCGCUCCCCCUGCCUGGGUUGGGGUUCUGCUUUGAGGCCAGUUGGGUAAAUUAUCCUGAGUGCCCCCUCCCCGCCUUCCGGGGAGACGCCCUCGCCCCCGCCCCCGAGAGCCCCCUCCCCCGCCCCCGGCCCCGGGCCAGUUGACUGCUCGGUAGCCGGGGCGGGCCGGGCUCAGGAUGUCGCGGGCGGGCUCACCAUGGUGGUAGGGCGCGCCCGGCGCCCGCUUGUGCCGGUCCCUGUCGCUGCCGCUGUUGCUGUCCUGCUCCCCAGCGCGGGGCUCCGGGCCGCCGCUGCCUAGCCCAAGACCGAGCCCCGCUAGGCAUAUCGGGGUGCUCUUCCCGCCCCCCGCCCCCCGCCCCAGCCCGGCCUCCCUCCCCCGCCCCAGCUGUUUAUGGCUCAGUCUAUCUUCCUGGAUCAUGCACAGAAACUUUCGCAAGUGGAUUUUCUACGUGUUUCUCUGCUUUGGCGUCCUCUACGUGAAGCUGGGAGCUCUGUCAUCUGUAGUGGCUUUGGGAGCCAAUAUCAUCUGCAACAAGAUCCCUGGCCUGGCCCCCCGACAACGAGCCAUCUGUCAGAGCCGCCCCGACGCCAUCAUCGUGAUCGGAGAAGGGGCUCAGAUGGGGAUCAACGAGUGCCAAUACCAGUUCCGCUAUGGCCGAUGGAACUGCUCUGCGCUUGGCGAGAAGACUGUGUUUGGGCAAGAGCUCCGAGUGGGGAGCCGGGAAGCUGCCUUCACCUAUGCCAUCACAGCUGCUGGUGUUGCCCACGCGGUCACUGCGGCCUGUAGCCAAGGCAACCUGAGUAACUGUGGCUGUGACCGGGAAAAGCAGGGUUACUACAACCAGGAGGAGGGCUGGAAGUGGGGUGGCUGCUCAGCCGAUGUCCGCUAUGGCAUCGAAUUCUCCAGACGCUUUGUGGAUGCCCGUGAAAUCAAGAAGAAUGCCAGGAGGCUGAUGAACCUUCAUAACAAUGAGGCUGGAAGAAAGGUCCUCGAGGAAAGGAUGAAACUAGAAUGCAAAUGCCACGGGGUAUCGGGUUCAUGUACCACCAAGACGUGCUGGACCACACUGCCCAAGUUCCGGGAGGUGGGCCACCUGCUCAAAGAGAAGUACAACGCGGCCGUGCAGGUGGAGGUGGUGCGUGCCAGCCGCCUGCGCCAGCCCACCUUCCUCAAGGUCAAGCAGCUUCGCAGCUACCAGAAGCCCCUGGACACGGACCUGGUCUACAUUGAGAAGUCACCCAACUACUGCGAGGAGGAUGCUGCCACAGGCAGCGUGGGCACUCAGGGCCGCCUGUGCAACCGCACGUCGCCGGGCGCCGAUGGCUGCGACACCAUGUGCUGUGGCCGCGGCUACAACACACACCAGUACACCAAGGUCUGGCAAUGCAACUGUAAAUUCCACUGGUGCUGCUUCGUGAAGUGUAACACCUGCAGUGAGCGGACCGAGGUGUUCACCUGCAAGUAGACCGGCCUGGACCAGCCCCCGUGCGCUGGGCUGAGCCGCGCCACCAACCACACAGACAGACAGACCCACUUCCCCAGCCAAGGAAGCCAGGAAGACCCAACCCUAGCGAUGAUGAUGAUGAUGAUGAUGAUGGCAUCAGCUGGCACGUCGAAUCUUGGGAGGGGAGGUACAACAUUGGGUCCUCCUUGGGACCUCCCCCUCCUGUGCUUGGGGGAGCAAGAGGCCGGGGACCCCCCAAGCUGGAUGGCAUCUGUGACUCGACCCCUUCCUCCACCCAGCAGCCUCGCAGGCCCAUCUUCUUUCCAAGGCACCCUUCUGGGGGUAGGGGGUGAGGAAUGCUGGUCUUGCUGGCCUCUGAUGCUAAGCUGUCUUCACUGGGGAAGCUGCUUGGGGUCUGGAGAAGAGAGCAUAUUUCCUGCCUAUUUCCUAUUUCUCAGAAAAGACCGAAAUGAAACCCUCCCAUUUUCCCUUGAGAGAGAAAGAGACAGAGACAGUGAGGGAGGGAGAGGAAGAGGAACUGUUGUGAGUGGAAGAAAAUCGACAAGAUGUGAUUGCUUCAAUGCUUCAGGUGUUUGGGGAGUUUUGACACCUGCUAGAAAACAAACUAGGACUUAGUGGAAAUGGAAAAAAAGGCCACUAUCUUAGACGAGGGGAAAAAAGCAAAAAAAAAAUAAUUCAAAACUUACAUCAGCAUCUGGUGACACUGGGACUCCGACUGAACACUAAAAAGAAUUAUUUAUGUUUUUAGUAUCAACAAAUUUCUAAGCACUAACGGGUAACGAUGUCUCAUUCUGUACUAAAUGUCGACUUGUCGGGAUCUUGGCUUCCUGAUUCCUGGAUUGGGUUGUUCUCAAAGUCUGUUAUGUUGCUGUUGCUGUUACUGUUGUUUUCAUUCAGUGCUACUGAUCCGUGGUCUCCAAUUUUGAUUUAGAGAGCAUUAGGCAGGGACAUGGUCACUUGGGCAAUGCUGGGAUGACCACUUCUUCCUGGGGUGGCAUCCCCUUCCCCUUGACUCCUACAAGACCAGUCACUGGCUUGGGCAUUCCCAAGGCUGGGAAUGGAUGCCCACUGUUUCUGGCACAUGGGGCAUGGGGGCAGGGAAACUUUCUGAGCCUCAAGCCAAAUGGAAGUUGAACUCUGAAGAAGAAAUGCACUGAGAGGAUCCUUCAACAAUGACCAGCCUCUCCCCUUCCCUCCCCACCCCAACACCAUCUUUUGGAAUUAUCUCCCAAAUGAUGCUUCUUGAAUCACCUCAACCAUUCCUGACCAUAAGCCUGGAGCCCUGCCUGUUCCCUCCCAAGUCAACAUAUGUCCAAAGGUAUAGAGGAGAUGCCUUGGGGUGAUUUGGCUGUCCAGUGACCUCUCCUUAACCCUCUUCCCAGGACUCAUCUUUGACUGAGGGUCUUGAAGGACUGUCAAGAGUCCUAGUUUGGGGAAAUCUGUUUUCAUUUAUCUCAACAUGAAAUAAUAGUCCCUUUCCCAAAGCCCUCUCCUCAUGGCCAGUCCAAAAGAGAGAUAGCAUGAAGGUAAUCAUCCUUAUUGUACAGAGGAGCAAACUGAGACUUGAACACAGCAAAUGUCUUUCCCAAGAUCACCUAGCCUGUACGCUCCGGGGUCAAGACUUGAUCUCAGAUAACCUGGUUCCAACUCCAAGGCUUUUUCCAUGAUAAUAUGGAAAUCCAAAGGGCUCAGCCUGAGUACAUGACUUUGCAGGAUAAGCCUGGAAGGGAUUCCCCUCUACUCUGCACUUUCUGUUCUUUCUACUUUGCCUCCACCUCCAAAUCUCUGCCUACCCCUCAGUUGAAUCCCCAAAGGGAGUCUAGAAGGAAUUCUUUGCAGUCAAGCUGCAGAUGAAAAUGGUGUUUAAUGAGUUUAAGUGGAGCCUCUUUGACAAGGGUCAAAGUGAGGACCAAGAACCUAGAAUGCCAGAGCUGGAAUAUAUCUUAGAACCCAACAUAUCAAAGUUAGAAGGAUUUUGGACCCUAGAAUUUCAAAGUUGGAGGAAGAGACUUUAGAACUUAUAAUUUCAGACAUGGAAGGGACUUUAGAACUCAGACCUUAGAAUCUAGAAUGUCAGAUCUAGGAAAGACCUUAGAACCUAGAAUGCCAGAACUCAGAGGACCUUAGAACAUGGAAUAUGGAAGUCAGAAGGAAUUUUAGAAGAGAUGAUUCCAGAGCUGGAAAGGGUCUUAUACUCCAGAAUGCUACUGAACCUUAAAACACAGGACAUAUGGAAUGUCAGAGCCAGAGGGACCUUAGAAGAUGAAUUUUCAACAAGAGGGACCUUAGAACAGAGAAUGUCAGAGAUGAGAGGGUCUAUCAAAUAUGAAUGUUCAAACUUUAGAAUUCAGAAAGCCAAAGCUAGGAGAUCUUAGGAUAUGAACAUUAGCAUUAGAAAGAGAUCUUGGCAAAAUGUGAGAACUAGAAGAGAGGAUGGAGAAAGGUUUCUCUGAGUUCACCUAGGUCAGCAGAGCCAAGAUUCAGUUUCUUGGCUCUGCUUCCCAAUAUCUGGCCUAAUUAUAUUUUUUAAAUGAACAAAGAAACUACAGAAAAAGCAUCUCCAUGCUUAGCCUGCCCUGUUCUAGUGCUGAUCAACAGCAGGGAUCCAAACCUGAGAAGGAGGAAGACUUGAGGAUUUUUUUCCCUCAGGAAACAGAAAAAACAUUAGGACUCUCCUACCUCUGACAAUUUACAGAGUCCACACCUCAUCAUAGCCAAGUCCUGUCAUCAUGAUUAUUCCCUUUGUACAGAGGAGAGAACUGAGACUCAGAGUGGAGGGGUUGGUUUGCUCAGGGUCACCAAGGGAGUAAACAGCAGAGGUGGAAUUCAAAGCCAGUCUCCAGGUUACUCAUCUUCCUCAAAUGUAAAAUUGUCCUUUGGAUUCUCAGGUGGGGGUCCAUGAACACUAUGAUAUGAUAUCCCUCAGCUUGUUCAAAGCUGCCCAACUCCAGGAAGGCACAGGCAUAAGGUAGUAAAGACUGUAAAUAUCUUAGAGUGAUCUUUGUUAAGGAACCCAAUUAAGUUAUAUUAUUGUAUAUCAUUUAAAUGUCUAUAAAUACUUAAAUUAUUGUGAACUCCAUUGAGGAAGGAGGAGCAGCCAAACCAGCCCCUCUUCUGCUCCUCCAGGAGCUUGGUCCCAGGCUGGCCAAGCCAUCUCCUCCUCCUGGAAAUGGACCCUGGCUCUGUGGUCCUUGGACACAUUCUCAUCUUCAUUUCAGCUACCAGAAAGAAAAGAGAAGACUAUUUGAAAAUGCAGUUCAGGAAUGUUUGAGGGGAGUCCAGCCUUGGACCCAGGGCCAGCAUCUGAGGAACUGUCUUAAGAGGGGCUCUGUAUACUAUCUAAGCUGAAAGGCCAAGGCAGAGGGCAGACAAGAGACUUCAUCUGGAGACAUUGGCUUUGAUCCUGAACUACCCCAUCCUUGGCUGGCUCUAGGAAUGAUCCACUGGGGAGAUCCCCAGGCCCCCCUUUUCAGACCCUCUUCUCCUCCUAUCAGGAGAGCAUAUGGUGGUCCCCUGGCCAAGGGCUGAGUCAUUGCCCCUAAAGCCCCCACGAGUCUGGCUGCCCAGCCUGGGGAGCAGUGAACACUAACAGAGCUCAGAAUACUGUAUGUUAUUAAAGGAUUUUCAACCAAGA